UGUUUUUGUGUUUUCUCCAUUUACUAUGUCAUUUUUGUUAUUAUUUGAUAUUUUUGUAAAUAUUUUAUCAACCAAGUUUCUAAAAAAAUAUAUCUCCAAGUGUUUUAGUCACGUUUAACUAAAUGUAAAGGCUGCCGGUCCCGGCUGGUCAGGGGGAAAUGUUUUAGUGUAACACACAGUAAGGUUGUAAGUUGAAGGGGAACAUGGCAGCUAGUGUCAAUCUUAAACAUGGACUAUUAAGCAGCAAAGCCUCGUUAAUUUGUGGUGUGUACAGAAAAAUAUCACCAAACAGUGUUUGUAUCCAGCGGGCGGCUGAAAUACAGAGUGUAAGAGCGUCAACAGACGCGUCAGUAGACUCACAGCACCAUGAAAAGUACUGUUUGGACCUCGUCAGGUCCAGAGAUUAUGAAGGCUUUUUGUCCUCCCUCCUCCUCCCAGAGGAGGCACGGCGCUCCUCUCUGGCUCUGAGAGCCUUUAAUGUAGAGCUGGCACAGGUGAAGGACUCAGUUUCCCAGAAGACCAUUGGUUUGAUGCGAAUGCAGUUCUGGAAGACAGCCAUAGAAGACAUAUACAGAGAUAAGCCUCCAAACCAACCAAUCAGUGCUGAGCUGUGGAGGGCAGUGAGGAGACAUAACCUGACAAAGAGGUGGCUGCUGAGGAUCGUAACAGAUAGAGAAAAGGAUCUGGAUGACAGAGCCUACAAGAACCUUCAGGAGCUGGAGGCGUAUUCAGAGAACACACAGUCCUCCUUAAUAUACCUGCUGCUGGAGUGUUUAGGUGUGAAAAAUGUCCAUGCAGACCACGCAGCGAGCCACAUCGGUAAAGCUCAUGGAAUUGUAACGUGUCUGAGAGCGACUCCUUAUCACAGCAGCCGACGGAAAGUCUACCUGCCCAUGGACAUCUGCAUGCUGCACGGGGCUUCUCAGGAGGACUUCAUCCGUGGCAGCCGAGAGCAGAGCGUCCGCGACGUUGUGUAUGACAUCGCCAGUCAGGCUCAUGUACACCUGCAACACGCACGAUCGUUCAGCCACAAUGUUCCGGCAGCUGCUGCUCCAGCCUUCCUCUCCACAGUGGUGUUGGAGGACUAUCUGCAGAGAGUGAGGAAGGCGGAUUUUGAUGUUUUCCAGAAGAGCCUGCUGAACAGAAAUCCCCUCCUCCCCAUCCAACUGUACCUUCGCUCCUGGAAGAAGACCUACUGACUUCAGUUCUCCUCCCUCUCCAGUUAGUUUGACUGCAGUGUCGGAAAGCUGCUCUACUGAAGUCCAACAAGAGACUUGGCCUCUCUGGGGGACACUGCCUGGAGAGUGUGGCAGGUCUUAAAAACACUCGGAUAACACAAAAAUACAACCUGUUGUCGUCAGUCACUGGCUGUUCUUACAAGGACAUAUUGCAAGAUAUCAUCUGCAAAUAUAAAUGAUAAUCGUCAUUCUUAUUUUUUUUGUAGUUUUUCUGAGUUGCAUUUCGUUAAGUUAGACUCGUAGUUAACCCAAGGAAUUAAUACGAGUCUGUGAUUUCAGCAAACACAGUGAGUGGGAAGUUUUUAGUGUGAUCACUACCUCACAGCCUGCACAUAUAUCUAGAUGUAUAGCCUGUUAUUGUGGAGCUAUAAAUCCAAAUACCACUGACAUCUGUGGAAAUGGUGUCUGAUGUCAUAACAGAAGUAGGAUGGUGGGGACAUAUGACCAGUCACACAAACAGACAUGAAAUGAAACAGAAUAAAACAAAAUAAUCACACAGACCAACUGUAGUAAACACCUGCCAGACUCCCCCAGCUUCCAGAUUGCUUGAACACUGACCUUGUGAAUGGAGAGUGAACUGUAGUGUGGUCAGUCAGUCUGUGCUGCAGAUACAAUAACACAUGGGCCAAGACCUCUAUUCUACAUUACAUCACAAUCAUGAAGUGUUUGAGCCAAACAUUGAGUUAUUGCCAUCAUUUCCCUGUGGCUGUUGCCCAGUCAAGGUCUAACUCUGCUUUCAUAUUAAAACUUGAUUGAUUAUGCAGGAUGUAUUAAAUAAACAGGAGCUUUAUUUUUAUUGCGGCAGGAAACUGUGCAGCUUGACUCCUGAUAAACUGCUCUCUUCUGGCUAUUAUUUCGUCACUCUAUUCUUAUAUGUUUCUGAGACAUUGAUCCACGUUUCCUAAAUAAACAGAUUUUUUAUCUGUGUCUUAUCUCCA